GUUGCACGUGAUUGGAACGCGAUGAUUCACGCGCGAUUGGACUCGGCGAUUUGGCUUUUGGUGUUGAACGAUUGGCAGCAAUGACAGCGCCAUGGAAAGCGCUGCUGCAGCAGGCACUGGCUUCAAACACUUCACCAACCUCUCAGUGGCCAACGCUUGCGACCAUAACCCACGACUAUAAGCCGAGAGUGCGCACCAUUGUUUUCCGCGGAUUCAUAGGCGACACCACCACGUCAUCUGAUACCGAUCGAGUGCGAUGGGAAGAUAUGUUGGUGUUUACUACGGAUGCUCGCAGUGCAAAAGUACGGGAAAUUGUAGCAAAUGGGAGCGGAGAGCUCUGUUGGUACUUUCCGGAAACGAGAGAACAGUUUCGAUUGGCUGGUACCGUCCGGGUCGUCUUGCCCCCUCAUCACACGAUGAGAAUACAUGAGGCCGACAUGCCCAAUUCUGGAAUAGAUUGGGAAGAGCUUCGCAAGCACCACUUUCACAAUCUAUCUCCUGGUGCGCGCUCGCAGUUUCUCUGGCCAAAUCCCAAGCAAACACGUGCGGACACCUCAGGAUGGGUUCAAGCAAUAAAUGAUCAAGAUACACAGGCCAUAUCAGAAGCACUCAAGAAUUUUAGCCUGUUGGUCUUUGAGGUACAGGGGAUAGAUCGGCUUGAGUUGAGGGAGCAUCCAAAUCGGAGAAUGAUAAUGGAAAAGGAGGGUGAAUCGUGGCGUGUUACUGAGAUCAAUCCGUAGUACACAAGUAGAUGGGAGUCUGUAGCAGAGAUUCAUUUCUAGCAGCAAUUUAUAUAUAUUUUGGACACUGUUUCACUACUAUACAACAUUUU